AUGAGCGCCGAGGAGCAGGCAAAGACGGAGGUGGCACCUGAUGAGGAGCCCAAGGCCGCCUCCCCCACCCCGAUCUUCGGCGCCUCGUCCACCUUUGGCGGCACCGGCUUCGGCGGCUUUGCGGCGGGCGGCGGCGGCUUUGCGGCCAAGGCCGCCGCCGGCGAGGGCGGCGAGGGCGGCGACGCCGCGGCCGCCGAGGGCGGCGAGGAGGAGGAUGGGGCCGGCGAGGAGGAGUGCAAGGCGGAGUUCAAGCCCAUUGUGCAGCUAGACGAGGUGGAGGUCAGCACGGGGGAGGAGGAGGAGGAGGCGCUCUUUGACGCCAAGUGCAAGCUGUACCGGUACGACAACGACGCCGGCGAGUGGAAGGAGCGGGGCGUGGGCCAGGGCCGCAUCCUGCAGCACAAGGAGAACAAGAAGAUCCGCUUCCUCAUGCGACAGGACAAGACGCUCAAGAUCCGGGGCAACCACAUCAUCAUGCCGGGCACCAAAGUGCAGGAGCACGGCGGCAGCGACAAGGCCAUGGUGUGGUCCUGCGUCGACUUUGCCGACGAGUCGCAGCGCAUGGAGCUGUUCUGCAUACGCUUCGCCUCGCCGGAGCGCGCGCAGCAGUUCCAGGCGGCCUACCACGAGGCUGGAAAGAAGAUGGAGGCGCUCAUCGGCACCCCCGGCUUUGCAGAGGAGAGCGAGGACAAGAAGGCGGUUGAUGAGCUGGCGGGGGAGGUGGAGGCAAAGGCGACGGUGGAGGACAAGGCAGAGUGA